AUGAAGCGUGUGUAUUUAUCGGGUGCUGCGAAGAAGAAGGCAAAAAAUGAAAAAAAACUUAAAGAAGAUAAAGGAAAACGUAAUUUACUUGAUUUCGGUUGGUGUACGUCAAGUAGGAACUUGGCUCAAAAUGAUAUAAACGAGCAACAAUGUGAUAUUGAUGACCCCAAAGUAUUAGAAAAUGAAAAAACCGUAAAUAUUCAUGUAGGAGAGUCCAAAAAAAGUAAAAUUGAUGAUACAGUUGUUCCAUAUCCAAAAGAAAUUAAUGAAAACGUUAUUAACACACAAAAUAAUGAGGUAGUUAAAUGUAUACCAAUGAACGAGAAUGAAAGUGUAAAGGAAUUAGAUAAAAAUGUUAUUGACAGUAAUAUAUUUUGUUCCAAAGGCAUUAUUGAAGCCAAUUAUAACAAACAAUCUGACGAAAUGUUUAAAUUAAGUAACGAUCCAGCAACUUGGAAAAAACUUAGUUUGUCAGAUCGCGACUAUUUAGCUGCAGUUGGUCGGUCUACUAUGCCAUCAAAAGAUGAUGAAUUUGAGCCAUCGGGUUUAUGUAGAAAUGGUAUUGAAAAUAAUUGGAGAAAACUGUAUGACAAGAUCGAUAACCACGAAGGGAAUACGAAGUACAUAGAAAGAUAUUUAUUAUGGAAGGACUUGGUAGAAGCAAUAAAUGGUAGGAAAGGGAUCGACAAAGAUUUGCAAGUUUCUAUUAACACAGAGAAAGAAAAAUGGAGAAAACUCCUACGGAUAGUAGUAGAUAUCACAUUGUUUUUAGCAGAAAAUAAUUUGCCAUUUAGAGGCAUACACUCAACGAUCGAUCAUGAUGACUGUGGACUUUUUAUUUCAACUGCAAAAUUAGUUAGUCAUUACAGCGAAACAAUGAAAAAUCAUUUGGACACUAUUAAGGAAUAUAAAGACAGUGGAGCUGAUAUUGCAAACAAAAUAGAAGAAAUUUUAGUUGAAUGCAAUUUAGAUUUAGCACUAUGCAGGGGCCAAGGUUAUGAUAAUGCAGCAAAUAUAUCUGGCAAAUAUAACGGCGUGAAAAGUAAAAUAAUAGAGAAGUAUCCUCAAGCUUUGUUUUCACCAUGUAGUGCUCACUCUUUAAAUCUAUGUGGAGUACAUGCAAUGGAAACCAGCCUAGAAGUAAAAACAUAUUUUGGAAACAUUCAAAAGAUAUACAACUUUUUUUCUUGUAGUCCAUCAAGAUGGAAGAUACUUCAAGAAACUGCUGGUCUUUCACUACAUUCAAUAUCAGCUACUAGAUGGAGUGCCAGAAUUGAUGCUGUUCGUCCAUUAUCUAAAAAUUAUUCCGGUAUUCUAAAUUCACUUGUUCGUGUUAAAAAUGAAAUUAAUCUACCUGCAGAUAAUCAUGCUGAAGCAGUUGGUCUGAUUUCGUGGUUACAUUCCUUUGAAUUUAUAUUGUUAACAACUAUCUGGUACAAGGUUCUUCAGUGUAUUGAUGAUCGAAAUAAAAUUCUUCAGAGCAAAAAAACUUCCAUAGAUGAAAGUUCAAUGCAUUUUCAACAAUUAGCUACAGAAAUUCAACAGAUAAAAGACUCUUGGAAUGAUUUAUUACUGGAGUCGAAAUCAGUAGCUUCCACUUUGAAUUUAACGACAGAAUUUAAGAUAACUUCAAGAGUUCGAAGAAAAAAACAUUUUCACGAUGAUAUUUCAGAUGAACAGCCUUUCCAUGAUAUUGAAAACAAAUUUAAAGUUGAAGUGUUUGUAACCGCAUUAGAUAGGCUUUUAUCAGAUAUUUAUGGUAUUCAAGCAACUAUGGAGAAAAUAACAAACACAUUUUCUUCAAUAAUCAAUCCACCAGAUACAGAAGAACCAAGUGCUGAAUAUUUCAAAGCUCAAGCUAAUAUAAUUUCAAGUGUAUAUCCUAAUGACGUGUGUGCUAAUGUAUUAAAAGAGGAACUACGAAUUUAUUUCAAAAUACACAAAAAAGGACUUCAAAAUAUACUACCUCAAAUAUGUAUUUGUCUUCGAAUACUUUCUACCAUUCCCACGUCUGUGUCAACGGGAGAAAGAUCUUUCAGUAAACUGAAAUUAAUAAAAAGUUAUUUACGUUCAACUACAGCAGAAAACCGCUUAAAUCAUUUAAUACUUCUCUCCAUCGAACACAAGUUGGCAAAGACCCUAGAUUAUGAUGAUAUUAUUGACAGCUUUGCUGAAAAAAAAGCUAGGAAAAAGGUGUUCUGA